AUGCGUGGUCCUACUAGCAGCCUGUCUCUCCUCAGCGCGAUCUUCCCGCUCCUUGCCCGUGCAGCCGUCUCCGACACGAGCACGACCUUUGCCGCUUCUAAUGGCGCUCCCAUAGCCCAGCCGUAUGCAUGGUCGCGGGCAGGGCCCACUGGUCCUCUGUUACUGCAAGAUUUCGCCUCCAUCGAUCUGCUCGCACAUUUUGCCCGCGAACGCAUUCCAGAGCGUGUCGUUCACGCUAAGGGUGCCGGUGCGCACGGGUACUUCGAGGUAACGCAGGACAUGAGCAACAUUACGUCGAGCAAGUUUCUGUCAACCCCCGGAACGCGAGCCAACGUCACAGUAAGGUUCUCCACUGUCGGCGGUGAACUCGGCAGUGCAGACACUGCGCGCGAUCCCCGUGGUUUUUCCACCAAGAUCCGGACUGACGAAGGCAAUUGGGAUUGGGUAUUCAAUGAUACACCGGUCUUCUUCAUCAGGGAUGGCGCCAAGUUCCCUCAUUUCAUUCACACACAGAAACGGAAUCCUCAAACACAUCUGAAAGAUGCUGAUAUGUUUUGGGAUUACCUGUCUCUAAACCCCGAAUCUCUUAACCAGGUCAUGUAUUUGUUUUCUGACCGUGGAACUCCGGAUGGCUUCCACAAUAUGCAUGGAUAUUCGGGCCAUACCUAUAAGUGGACAAAGUCGGAUGGUACUUUCUACUAUGUAAAGACAACAGUCCUCAGGGACACCGGAUUUAAGACCCUCGACAGAGUUACUGCGGUGACGUUAGCCGGGACUAAUCCUGAUUACGGUACUCAGGCACUCUUCGAGGCAAUUGAAGCUGGUGACUAUCCCACAUAUACUGUAUACAUUCAAACCAUGACUCCCGAACAGGCCGAGGGAUUCCGUUACAACAUCCUCGAUCUGACCAAGGUUUGGCCGCAGAACAUAUAUCCUCUCCAGGAAAUCGGAAAGCUAGUUCUCAAUCAAAAUCCCGAGAACUACUUCGCAGAGAUCGAACAGCUUUCCUUUGCACCGUCGAAUAUGAUCCCAUACAUUGAACCGUCUGCAGACCCGGUCCUUCAGGCACGUUUGUUUUCGUAUCCAGACACAGCACGACAUCGCCUUGGUCCGAACUUCAACCAGCUCCCGAUCAACUGUCCGCUUUUUUAUCCGGCAAACUUUCAGCGAGAUGGACGGGGAACGAUCUUCAACCAAGGCAGCCGACCUAAUUACCAAAGCAGCAUAGAGCCCUUGACGUACCAGGAAAACCCCGGGUGGAUCUAUGGAGAAGGCUGCUCGGGAGGAGGUGCCUGCGAUUAUGAACGGAGACGAAAUCACGAGAAUUUCAUUGGCGCGGCGUACCGUGAUCUCAGUCAAUUCACCGAACUCGAUUUGGAGCAGCCACGGGGCCUUUGGGCCUACAUCUGGAACGAUACCCAACGCGCUGCUGCUGUUGGGAACCUCGCUUCGCACAUGGUCAACAUUAACAACGUCACGAUAGCGAACAGACAACUUUCUAUUUUCACAGCCGUGAACAAGACUUUUGGAGAUAGCGUCGCCGCUGCCCUUGGCCUUCCUCCCGUGGACCCUAUGGUAGUCAUGAACAUUUCCGAAGCAGUAAAAUUCAGAACCUAUAUUGGGUAUUCUGUUAACAUAACGGCAAUAGAGGGGAACUCUACCCUCCAGGAGAUAUCAUAUGACGACUAUUACAGGGAUUGACGGAGACGCCUUUUGGGACUUUUAAAACAUGCUUUGCGUUAUAAGUAGGGGCAUUUGGAUUGUCAGAGACAGUAAGUAAGACGUUAUGUAUGACUAGUAUUCCACCCGGACCGGUAGGGCCGGGUUUCGGCGUUCUCCCUUUAGGGCUUCUCGGACAAUGUUAUAGUUUUGUAGCUCUUUCUAGCCAGCCACUCAAUAUACGCUGCUACCGCCAUUAAGCC